CGCAGGCGCAGGUCACCAGUUUGAGGGUGAACCUGACCAGUGUGACUCUGCCACUCAGCUCCAUAGUGACGCUGGGGCUCCAUGUUGAUUCUGUGCAGGUAUAGAGGCUAAAGUCACCACACAUGGCUCUCACACGGUGCUGGAGGUUCACGGGAGUGGUCCCUCGGCUGCUGUGGCGGAGGAGCGUCCAGCCCGGUGCUUCUGUGCCGGGAGGAAGGAGCUCUGUGUCCGGCAUCGAUCACACUCCCCCCGGCUGCAGAAACACAGAGUUGCUUCUGUGCAGGGGGUUCACUUCAGCGCCACCUAGCACAGAUGUGACCUACGAGCAGCUGAAGCAGCUCCUGGCCAGCAAAAAAGCUGUGGUUAUAGAUGUCAGGGAGACCUGGGAGCUCAGAGAGUACGGCUUCAUCCCCGGGGCCAUUAACAUCCCCCUGGGACAGGUGAACACUGCCCUCCAGCUUGGUCCGGAAGAUUUCAGAGAAAAGUAUGGUGGUGAAAUGCCCGAGCAGACGGACAACAUCGUGUUCACCUGUCUGGCAGGGAUUCGGAGUGAGAAGGCAGUCAAGGAAGCUGCGUCGCUGGGAUACAAAGACAUUUAUCAUUACCCGGGUGGAUGGAAAGACUGGGCGACGAAUGAGCAUCACAACUGAUCCAGGGUUAAAAGAAGACAUAAAACAUAUGAAUCUGUUUUUUAUGUAUCUGACAUCAAACUGGAGAUUUUUCCAAGGUUCAUUCACGUUCUUGUUAAUUUAAGAGCCUGAGAUGUAAGUUGUUCUCCUCAUGGGUGAAUCCAGAGGACUCAGCAAACAUCAGCAAUCGAUCCAUUUCAAAAGUGUUGACUUGAAGUUUCUUGUAAAUAUGUUUCACCAUAGAAUACUUGCACACCCUUUCCACUCCUGCACAAACAUAUCCAGAGUGAUCCAAUCACAAUUGGUCAGCGCUAAGUACAGGUGUGAACACACCCUAAUGCGUCCUCAAUGCAUCCUGAGAUCUGCUUACUGGAGGUGGUGUGGGACGCAUGUGGCCACAUAUGAAGGACUGCCUACUCAGCUGACUUCCUCUGACCUGCUACAGUUUAAACAUAUUUUUACACUUCUCAGUGUCCGUACAUCAAUUUGUUUAUAGCCAGCAACACAAUAUCAACACUGACCACCACAUGAUGACUGAUACUUUAUUUAUUAUUGGUAAAAUCUUUCUUCGUAGCAGAGCUGCACAUUCAUUCAGUCCCUCUUGUCUCCUCUUGUCUGUGACUGUAAUAAUCAGCACAACUAUAAUCGGACGAUAUAAAACAUUUUAUUUUAUUUUACAGACUAGCUAUGCAAAUGACUACUUACCUGUGUAUGAUUGUGGGUUAAUGAGCCUCCCAUAACAUAUUUUGAACAGUUUUCAAUGUGAUGCAUUGUAAAUAUAUAAUAGUGUAUUGCUCAACAGUUUGUGCAGUUGUUGCCAACAUCAUUCAAGAAAUAAAGUUAUAGUUUUGAUUAAAAUUGA